UUUUGUCAUGUCGUUUUUACUUUCAGGAGUGUUUUAGGGUCUUGAAGAUUUUUUCUCGGUUGGUCAAAAUGAAUCCUCUUGAGCAGGAGCGAUGCGUGACUCAGUCACUACAGGACUCCAGGUUCGCGUCUGCGGUCGAUCGUGCUGGGUUCAUCUCGACGUCGUCAAGCAAUAGUUCUAAGGAGACCGAUCCCUCUGGCGGCGCGUUGCAGAACAACAACAUGAGCAACAAGCAAUUACAACUACAAGCAGAUGAUGAUGAUCCGCCUGUGCCUCGUCCGUCACGACUACCUGGUGCUUCUGCUCCCAUGCAAUUUCAAUCGGCAUUGGGAACAAGAGCGUCAAUGGCAGGCUCUUCUCCUGGAGGAAUGAGAGUGAGUAGUAUAGGCCUAGGAGCAGGUGGACAGAGAGCUUUCAAGUCCACCAUAAAAAUUGUUGACGGUGUAGCACAGCUAGUGCAUGACUACGGAUCGACAGACGCGUCUGAUCAAGGAACUGCUCCUAAACGAGGGGGUAGCAUUUACGGUGGUGGCACUGGUACCACUUCUCCGGGUAAUAUUAUUGCAGGAACUAGGCCAGGUGCUAAGAGUGUCAUGAUUCCGCCAAUUACUGCAUCAAGAAAUAGUGGAGAUGGUGGUCAGCCUCAACUUGGCGGAGGUAGGUCGCCGCCCGGUACCGCAGCGCAGAAGAGGGUGACAAUAGCAGGAAUAGGUGGAGUACCGGGUGAAACUACAAGUACCUUUCACAUACCACUACCAGUGAACAAGAAAAGUCUAUUGACGUUAAGGUCUCACACUCAACAGCUAAUCCACCUUUUAGUAGAUCUGUAAGCCUAACCUGUUUUCAAAGCAAUACAAAUAGAAAUUAAUUGGAAAAUGGCCACAGAUAUGCGAAAAGAAGGAUAGUAGUGUUAGUGAGGUCUAAUGAUGACAGCAGGUUUGGGAGGAGGAGGAGGACAGACAGCGCAGACUUUCUCAUCUACUUCAGGCGGAGGUAGUGCAGGUUCAUCAACCUCGUACAAGGGUGGGCCGUCAACAGGGGAAGCGUCGUCCGGCAAUCAGCCUCUGAGCAUCGCGACAUUUGGUCGCGCACCGACGACUGGCACUGAUGAAGAUAAGGAUGAUGUUGAUAUUAAUGGACCAGGAGGUGGUCGUGCAAGUAGUAGUAGAAGAGGCACUAAAGCAGGUUCCGCUGGCGCAUCAUCAACAAGGGAGAUGGGAGGUGGUCGUGGCGCACUUGGAGCUGGAG